CAAUUGCAAAAUAAUUUUAAUAAUCGUAAAGCUAAUAAGAAGGAACUGAAAACUAUUAACGUGUGAGAACAUUUAGAUUUCAUAUUUAAUGUUUGAAUUUAAAAUGAAAUAUCCUCAUCUAGCCUAGUUAAACUUUGUGUUUACAUAUUGGCAUUAUAUACAUUCAUAAUGAUGAAUAUAGUUUUGUAAUUUGGGCGUAUCUACAACAAUAGUUUGUCAUGACUUCGAUACUCGAUCAGUACGAGCAAGCUGCCCAGGUUUCGCAGCGCGCGAAACCUGUGGAGGAAACCAUGACUUCUUCAGGGUAUAUAAAUGUGCAACCGGAAGACAACACUCCAAUGUUUUCUAAACAAAAGAUGAACUUCAACCCGUCUGAUGUGAUCACUCAUGGAGCUGUCGCCAGCGACUACCUGGUGCUUGCUAUGGCUAACGGAAAUCUUUUUAGGAUGGACCUGAAAAUGCCAAACCAUCAUGAAGAAAUAAAAUAUACAAAAUAUAUUCAACCGAACACUAAGCUGACUGGUUUAUUUCUUGAUCCACUUGGCUUUCAUCUUCUUAUGGCAUUCGCACCAAGAACCAAAGACGGCAACCCAGAAUUAGUUUACCUUCACCGUAAGAGUUUAAAAUUGAAAUCUGUUACCAAAUCACGAUCUUAUGAGGUGACAGAAGUUGGGUGGAACAAUGAGAACACAUUUGAAAUCACAACUGGUCCGAUUUUACUGGGCACCUCUCAAGGUCACAUCAUUGAGACAGAAUUAGAAGCAGACAAUGACAAAAUGUUUACGGCCAACCAGCAGUAUUGGCGACAGAUCUUUGACAUCGGCCAAGGCACAGACAUGCCCAUCACCGGGAUCCAAUCACACCGCGUUGCCAACACUACUAAAUACUACAUCUUCAUCACAACCCCUACAAGAUUGUACCAGUUCAUGGGCAAUGCUGUGACCACGGACGGCAGGCCGAGCCUCCAGGCCCUCUUCUACCAGUACCUCACCAUGCCGGACACGGGCUUCCAAGAAAUACCGUCCACACUAAAAUACUCCAAACUGCAGUUCCAUUAUGACAGAGACGGGACGCCGAAGAGCUUCGCCUGGUUGACAGAGCCUGGCAUCUUUUAUGGACAAUUGGAUCCAACAUCGCAACAAAACUCUAACACUCUAUUUACUCAAGGCGAACUCAUAAAUUACCCUCCAGAAGACGGGCCCGAGUCGGAAUCCAAAGAUAAGGCGCCUCUGUCAUUCGUCCUUACAGAGUUCCACGCUCUGCUUAUGUACUCCGACAAGAUCCGAGCCGUCUCCCUUCUAAACCAAGAGUGUGUCUACGAAGACCGCUUCUCAGAGGCUCAUGGAAAACUCAAGAAUAUUAUCAAAGAUGUGAAAAGAAGAACCGUGUGGGCGAUUACUGAAAAGACAGUGUUCAGAUACAAAGUGGUCAAAGAAGAGAGGAAUGUCUGGAGGAUCUAUAUGGAGAAGGAACAAUUCGAUUUGGCUAAAGAGUAUUGUCAGCAGAAUCCCGUUUACGUGGAUAUUAUUAAUGUGAAACAAGCUGAACUACUCUUUUCUAAAGGAAAGUAUGAAGAGAGUGCUAUGGUCUAUGCUGACACUCAAAGCAGUUUCGAAACUAUAUGCCUGAAAUUCUUAGAGCAAGACCAGAUAUCUGCCUUACAAAUAUAUUUGUCCAAGCGAUUUGAUGCCUUAGAAGAUGACGAUAAGACUCUAAUUUCAAUGGUCGUUAUUUGGAUGACUGAGCUAUAUCUGUCUCAACUCGGUCUCCUAAGAAGGACAGGGAAGGAAAAUACAGACGAGUACAGCCGCAUACAAAGUGAUUUCGAUGUGUUUUUAGUGCACCCUAAAGUGUCGAAAUGUAUGCAGCAUGUUAAGAAGGUGAUAUAUGAUUUGAUGUCAUCUCACGGUGAUAAGCAGAAUUUGAUCAAGUUGACGUUGAUGAAUGAGGACUAUGAGAAUGUUGUGGCUCAGAAUAUAUACAGGAAGUCGUAUGUAGAAGCGUUGAAGACAUUGCAAGAGUUGAGGAAGCCGGAGUUGUUCUAUCAAUUCGCUCCGGUUCUGAUGGAGGAAGAUCCGAAGCGUACGGUGAACGCUUUGAUAUCUCAAGGUCCAAGACUGAUUCCGUCAAAGCUCCUUCCAGCGUUCCUAUCCUGUGAGAACGAUGAAGCCCACAUAUCCGAGAUCAUACGGUACCUCGAGUUCAUGGUUCAGAAUUACAACGUCAAAGACCGAGCUAUUCACAACUAUUUGCUGACUUUGUACUCGGAGCAUGAUCACCAAGCCUUGAUGAGGUAUCUGGACCGACAGGGCUCGGACGCUGUGUUGGUCAACUAUGAUGUACAUUAUGCUUUGAGACUGUGUCGCGAGAAGAACCUUACGGAAGCCUGCGUAAAACUGUCAGCUCUGCUGUCACUGUGGCAGGCUGCGGUGGAGCUGGCUCUUCAAGUGUCGCUGCCGCUCGCCAAGUCGGUGGCAGACCAGCCCGAAGACAUCCAGCUGCAACGAUCGUUGUGGCGACAUAUUGCGGAACACGUGAUCACCAAGAACCAAGACCUGGGUGAAGCGAUGAGCUUCCUCCACGAGUGUCCGCUCAUCAAGAUCGAGGAUCUGCUGCCGUUCUUCAGCGACGUGGUCACCAUAGACCACUUCAGGGAGCCCAUCUGUCAGUCAUUGCAGGAAUACAACAAUCAAAUCGAAGAAUUAAAAGCAGAGAUGGAAGAGGCCACGAAAUCCGCGGAAUUAGUGCGUUCCGAAAUCCAAUCGUUCCGCAACCGCAGCGUUCACGUGUCGGUGACGGACGAGUGCUGUCUGUGCGAGAUCACUUUGUUGCUGCGGCCGUUCUACCUGUUCCCGUGCGGGCACAAGUUCCACAGCGACUGUUUGCUGGCGGAGAUACAGCCUAUACUAGGCCCCGCUCGUCGCAACAAGCUUCAAGACAUCCAAACCCGCCUCUCGGUGUUGCCUGCCAUAGAGCUCAACACUAGGACUUCGAGCGGUCUACCCCUGAGGGAACUGCUGAAGAAUGAAAUAGACGAUAUAGUGGCUAGCGAGUGCUUGUAUUGUGGCGAGUAUAUGAUCAACUGUAUAGAUAAACCGUUUAUAUCUGAUGAAGAUUGGGAUAAAGUAAUGAAGGAAUGGGAGUAAGAUAAUCUUAGAUGAUAUCGUGACCAAUAAAAUAUACGGGACAAAUUAUACAGAAUGAGUUAGCCUCGUGUUACGAUACGAGUGAGUAGACUUGUGUUACGAGAUACUAACUCAACGAUACUAUAUUUAAUAAUAAAUACUUAUGUAUAUAGAUAAACAUCCAAGACCCAGGCCAAUCAGAAAAAAAAAAAUUCUCAUCAUUCCCUGACCGGGAUUCGAACCCGGGCCCUCUGGUGUCGCAGACAAGCGUACUACCGCUGCGCCACAGAGGCCGUUAUUGAGUUUCGAAAGUGGCCUAAGGGAAAGAAUUUUGCUUUGUAGGAAUCGUAAAUUUCGUACUGUGCAAAGGUUACAUAUGUAAAUACAUAGGUUUGUACGCGAAUUUGGGGCACCGAAAUAGAUUUUUUAUGAAGAUUUAAAAAGAUUGAUGAGCGCAUAUACAAACAAUGUCUCGUUUUAGUAAAGUCUUUGUGUAUAAAUUUGUAAUAGUCUAUCUAGUACUAGUGAAACUAGUAGGUCGCCGCGAACUAAGACCUCACACAGAAUUGUUUUUACGAAAUUGUGAAUACAUAUCUCACAACUACUUGGCCGAUUUUGAUGCCCUACAAACUAAAACGAUUCUAUUGACAGAUCCUACAUACAUUUUAAAUUUCAUCAAAAUCAGACCAAAGGUUUAUAGGUCGAUAGUUACCGCUCUAUAUCGAUAGGUUACAAACACUCAUAAUUAC